AGUUUGAUGGGGAGGUACAUGACGACGAAGUCAGUAUAAUAAGUUCCUUAACCUCAACUCCUUCUAGUUCUACUUCAAGUUCAAGUAUCUCUGGGGUAGUGGUUAUAUUACUAAUUCAGUUCAUCGUUAACAUAGGGAAUAGUACAUGACAAGAACGGCCGUCUGAAAGGAUACACUUCUGCAACUGUAUCAUUUCACCGGUAGACUAGAAGUACUACUAAGGAUGCGAAUGAAUGAAUGGAUGAAUGAAUGAAUGACAAGAAAUCAGUAUAAGAGCCCUUGAAAUAGUUGAUAUUUUGGUUGAUGUCCUAGUUCGUCGUAGUCGAGAACUCGUCAGCUUGCUCUGGUGCCUGCUCCGGUGCCUGCUCACGAGGGUAUUGGUAAAGUCCUAGUUGUGGACACGACGACGACUCACGAGGGUGCUGUUCACCAGUCGACACACCUUGACCGACGUUCUCGAUAUAUCACAAGAAUUUGUUGAAGAUGAUGGAGAUGCACUGCAAUAUGACAACAACAACAACUAACAACGACACGCAGAAGAAGUUUUAGUUUUUCCGAUGUUGUCCGCAUCCGCAAGACCAGGUCAUUCGUCUAUGGAAUCACAAGGAGCUCUGCUAUUCUCAAGCAUAGUACCAGCAAUACAUGACGCGGACAACUCUGGCUCUAAUAGGUCACCUUCAACACCAUCAAGCAAUGAUACAUCUUGACCUCCUCGCUGACCCUUCUACUCCCUCCACCACGACUGCAACUACUGUAUUAAAGCCACCUCACUUACAACUUACUAAUUUUUUAUAAAGUUUCAUUAGCCCAUCUGUGAGCGGUUUUCAAGAAAAAGAACGGAAGCAGAUGAGGGAAAAGAUGGAUUGUAGUGAGUUCUAACUGUCGCAACACCUAGAAGCACUACAAGCCCAUCCACAUUGUCAUCAACGCGGCGUGUGGUUUGUAACCCACCACUGAGUGGGGACAGCUUGUGCUUACGAGUUCCGAUUCAUGUGACCACAUGGAUUCUGCUAUAGUGUUUCAUCGCCGGUUCUUACGGAGUGCUAGUCAAGCGGAGAAGCAUCGUGGCGUGGGUAAGUACUUAUUUUGUAUCGUACUUAAGUAUGAUUUUUGCUGGUUGAACCAGAACAAGGUCCAGGAGCUGCUGAUUUGACCACGAAAUUCCUUUACUGUGCUGGAGCCGGUAGUGGUGGUGAAAACCGAGAAUGCCAGAUCAAUGCAAGACGAGAAUGCUAGAUAAAUACAUCAUGAUGAUGUAAUUGAUGUAUUCGAUAUCUAUAAGCAUUUUUUCCAGGUGAGCGCCUACGUCGUUUUAACGGCGAUAUUGUUGCAGCUGUCGUCAGUGGGAGAGAGCGUAAAGUGGGCGCCGGGAAUCCUAUUGUCGCUUAUCCUUGCAGUCCGUGCUUUUGCGCGCUUACUUGAAGUCCGGAAAGUGUUAACAAUUACGGCAUUUUUUACGAAUCAUCUGUGCAGAGUUCUAGUAAGAUGACAAAUCUUUAUCUUACUCUACUAGUUACCUAUAGAGGAGCAAUAAAGCCCUAAGAACACAAACUGCCUAAGGCAGAGGAUGAAGAGUAAGGCUCUAGUAAUGCUGCACAUGAUCAUGAGAAUGUAAAUGUAGUUCGGAGAGCUCUAAGGCAAACGAAGAAACCGCUUGGCGCUGUGUUGAGGUUGUGACAGGUUUCGGUUUGGCAUGGGCGCUGGUGCUGAAUCUACUCAAGGCAGGUCUGUAUUAUGGCUUUUUUAGAUUCUAAACUCGGAACAGCUAAGCCGACUAGUUGUCUGAAUCCACCUCCUAACGAGAGUGUGACUGAUUGUUAUUAAUUCUCCAAAAGAUUAUGUGAGAGUUGAAACGCGUACAAGCUACACACCAGUACUACUUGAUCUUUGUGUACUAGUUAACCUAAUGUUUCUCUUUGAAUAAUAUAUUGCUAUUGGAGAAUUUCGAAUUCGAUGGAUACUGGCCUCUCUAACUCGCCAUCGGACGUAGUAUUUCUGCGGUAGGCCUUGCCAUUUUGUUCUUGGUCGCAGUGAGGACAAGACUGGCCGUGUUGAAUUCGAGAUGUCAACUAGAAACCAGAAUGGUACGGUUAGCCACAACAACAGGAGACGAGGAGCCAAUGCGAUGGCCGCCAUGAUGUUGUUGGGGAAGCCAAGAGGAGAUCAUGAAGAUCAAGAUACUUCGUUGCAUGUUGAUGAUACUGUUGAUAUAUUUUGCGCUCUAGUUCAUCUUCAUCAAGGUGACAAUUGUAUGUCAAUGUCUUGAUGGGAAACUUAGAGUUUGAUGCUCAAUAUGAACAAGAUGAAGCGUGGUCAAGCUAGAGUCAGUGAACGCCUUUCACAGGCGCUGCUAUGGUUGAAUGAAAAUACGUCACGACAAGUACAACUGCAAUAUUACGUAUUCUCCUCUUUGGCAACGUC